AUGGAUCAUGUUCUAUUAAAUGAACCGUGCUACACAUUUAUAGUGUGUAACUAUUCAGAAUUAAUACUUCGCAUUAAUCGAGUGAAACCAGAACAUUAUCGGGAAGAUUUACUAUAUUUCAAUCGACGUUAUCGCAGCGAUGAAGAACAAGAGCAAGAUAAUAAAUUACCUGAUGAAGAAUUAUUAAAUGAAAUUAUACAAACAAACUGUCAAUUGAAUGAACCAAGAGAUAUAAGAGUUCCUUUGAAGGCAUAUUUUACGAAAUCAUCUGGAGUAGGCCAACUAUUUAUAUUAAUUGAAUCAACCGAAAAGGCACGCGCUGAAUUUUGA